AUGGUGAGCAGUGACUACGAAGUGGCCGCACAUCUCAUUAAAGCCAUCAAAACGCUACUGGAGUUCACGGCAGAGGAGGAACGGGUGGUCCGGGAGACCAUAGCGUCGAGAAUCACAUUUAUAUUGAAAAUAUCGCAUAAACGUGAAUCGGAUGGAGCUAUUGACCAACCUAAGCUAGCGAUUACACCGUUUGUGGACGUAACAAUCACCCAGACACUUUCCAUGAAAUGUGUCAAUGCAAAAUCGGGCGCUGAGUUCCCUGUGUCGCAACCACUUAUCUACCCUGCUAAAAUCACCUGUAACGGUUACCAAACAACUGACAGGUCCAUGGAUCAGGAAAUCGAGAUUUCUAGCGACAAAACGGUCCUGUUCAAAAUUAACGACUUAUCCACGCACUUAGCGUACGCCAAUGCCAAUAUGUUCCGGGUGCAAAUGGGCACUGUCAGUGAGGGUCCUUGCGCAGGUGAUAGUUUUACAUGGAUUAUGUCAUACUUGCCGGAUGACCUGGAUGGAUGCACCAGUAGUAAAGGGGUGUCCCGUUAUACUGUGAACUACGCUAUAUCACAUGUCAAGGGAUCCAAGUGCUCAGUAGGUGUAAAAAAAUCGCAUAAACGUGACACGGAUGGGGCUAUUGAUUUACCUAAGCUGGCCAUUACACCAUUUGUUGACACAAAUAUCACCUUGUCGGUCUCCAUGAACUGUGUCAGCUCAAAAACUGGUGCCAAAUUCCCUGCCACUCAACAAAUAAUCUUCCCUGCUCCUAUAACUUGUAACGGCUACCUAACAAUUGACAAGAGCCUGGAUGAGAAAAUCGAAAUUACUAGCGAUAAAACGGUCUUGUUCAAAGUUAACAAUUUGUCUACAUAUUUAGCUUAUGCUGAUGGUAAUUUAUUCCGGGUCCAAAUGGGAACUGUUAAUGAAGGUCCUUGCCAUGGUGAUAGUUUUAGGUGGACCCUGUCAUUCUUGCCGGAUAACCGGGAUGGUUGCACCAGUAGUGAGGGGGUGUCCCGUUGGACUAUGAACUACGGUAUGUCACUUGUUAGAGGAUCCAAGUGCUCCGUGGAUUGUACCCUCGAUACCGGUAGCUAG